UAAAAUUGGCUUCAACUAGAUUUACAAAAGGUGUAUAAAGGUUGUAGGCCUAAACCGUAAUAUAAAAGGUAAAUCACAACCGAAGGCGAAGGAGGAGGUCCAAGGUUUUUCCCAAUUGCUUCUACACAUUUCGUGCUGUGAAAGAAAUGGCGGAAGCAUCAUCGGCGUCUGCGACAAAGUCGGAUGAAGAGAAAGUAGAGAUGCUGGACCGGUUGCUAACUCGGCUAGCUCUCUGCGAUGACUCCAACCUCCAACCCUUACUCUCCAAGCUUCUCCCCUUCACCAUUUCCUCACUUUCUUCUCAAUCCUCCGCCGUCCGCAACAAGGUUCUUGAGAUAUUGAGUCACGUAAACAAGAGAGUGAAGCACCAACCUGAGAUUGGUUUACCCUUGUCGGAGUUAUGGAAUAUAUAUUCGGAAGCUAAUACUGCUUCAAUGGUCAGGAAUUUCUGCAUUCUGUAUAUCGAGAUGGCAAUGGACCGUGCAGAUACAAAACAAAAGGAAGAUUUGGCAGCCAUACUUCUGUCGGGUGUUUCCAGGCUUCCUCUUCAGCACCAAGAAAUUAUACUCAGACUCGCUACUAAGGUCAUUGGUGAAUGUCACUCAAAAGGAAUUAACAAUGAAGUUGCUGCAAAGUAUAGAAUGAUAAGUGAUUCCCAGGACAGGAACGUGUUUCUUGAAUUUUGCCUUCAUACAUUGUUGUAUCAACAGUCAUCUCAAAGAGAAUGCCCACCUGGACUUUCGGUUGCUCAAACCAACCGUGUGACAGGGAAACAACCAUUGAAAAAUGAUAUACUUCUAACAAGAAAGUUAGGGAUCUUGAAUGUUAUUGACGCUAUGGAGCUGGCCCCUGAGCUCGUUUAUCCGCUAUACGUGGCUUCCUCCGUAGAUUGUCAAGAGCCUGUUGUUAAGAGAGGGGAGGAGCUUCUAAAGAAGAAGGCUGCUGGAGCUAACUUAGAUGAUUCAGACCUGAUAAACAAACUUUUUUUGUUAUUUAAUGGUACUGCUGGAUCUCAAAGUGUUGCUCCUGAAUCUAGAAUCACUCCGGCAAAUCCUGCUUUGAAAGCAAAACUUAUAUCUAUUUUCUGCCGAUCUAUUACAACAGCCAACAGUUUCCCUGCAACUUUACAGUGCAUUUUUGGUUGCAUAUAUGGAAGUGAUACCACAUCGAGGUUGAAGCAGUUGGGAAUGGAAUUCACUGUCUGGGUAUUUAAACAUUCAAAGAUUGAUCAACUCAAACUCAUGGGCCCUGUUAUUCUGAGUGGAAUUCUGAAGUCACUUGACACUGUUUCAAGUUCAGAAUCAGAUGCUACUGUUAGGGACUCCAAAACUUUUGCUUAUCAAGCAAUUGGGUUGCUUGCACAGCGCAUGCCUCAACUUUUCAGAGAUAAGAUUGACAUGGCUGUGCGUCUUUUUGAUGCAUUGAAGGUGGAGGCCCAGCAUUUUCGCCUCAGUAUACAAGAAGCAACCAAUUCCCUUGCCACUGCUUACAAGGGUGCCCCAUCAACAGUGCUAAAGGAUCUGGAGAUGCUUUUGCUAAAAAAUGCUCAAGAGGAACAAAGUGAAGUACGAUUCUGUGUGAUAAGAUGGGCGACUUCUUUAUUUGAUUUGCAACAUUGCCCUAGCCGAUUUAUUUGUAUGCUUGGGGCAGCUGAUACUAAAUUGGAUAUAAGGGAGAUAGCUCUUGAGGGCCUUUUACUUGUGAAAGAUGAUGGGCAAAUCAUGAGUCAGAAGCAGGAGCUACAUUACCCAAAACUUGGAGUCAUGUUAGAUUAUAUUCUUAGGCAGCAACCGAACUUAUUAGAUUCAUCUGAGAUGAGGGAGCAGAAGCUUCAUUUUCCCUCAAAAACAUAUCUAGUUAUGAUUCAAUUUCUGUUGAAGUGCUUCGACUCGGAAUUGGAGCAAGACAGUUCUAUUAAAGGGUCAACUGAUUUUCAGUCUUCUGUAGAAGCACUCUGCUUACUUCUUGAACAUGCUAUGGCCUUUGAAGGGUCUGUCGAGUUGCAUGCCCAGGCUUCCAAGGCUUUAAUUGUAAUUGGAUCUUGUAUGCCAGAGCUGAUAGCCUCGCGCUAUGCCCAAAAAGUUUCAUGGCUAAGGCAACUACUCAGUCAUGUUGACUUGGAUACCCGUGAAGCUGCAGCACGUUUACUUGGGUUUGCUUCCUCUGCUCUUGCUCCAGCUGAAUCUUCUGCUCUUAUCUCUGAACUAAUUGCCUCAGUUAGUGGAAGACGUAAGAUAAGGUUUGAAGAACAACAUGGAGCAUUAUGUGCAGUAGGAUAUGUAACUGCAGACUGUAUGUCGCGAACACCAGCCAUUCCAGAUGCACUGUUUCAAACUACAUUAAAGUGCCUUGUUGAUGUUACUAAUUCUGAGACUGCACCACUGGCCUCAAUAGCAACCCAAGCCUUAGGUCACAUUGGGCUGAUUAUCCCAUUGCCUUCGCUUGUUAUUGAUUCUAGUUCAGUUGAUAUUCUGGUUGUUUUAAAUGAGAAGUUGAGAAAACUACUCGGUGGCGAUGACAAUAAAGCAAUUCAAAAAGUUGUUAUAUCCAUUGGCCAUAUGUGUGUAAAGGAAACUUCAUCUUCACGUCUAAAUAUUGCCCUCGAUUUAAUUUUCAGUCUUUCCCGAUCCAAGGUCGAGGACAUCCUCUUUGCUGCUGGCGAGGCUCUAUCAUUUUUAUGGGGUGGUGUUCCAGUGACUGCAGAUUUAAUUCUCAAAGCUAAUUAUUCGCUUUCGAUGGCUUCGAACUUUCUUAUGGGAGAUGUAACCUCAUCUCUGUCAAAAUAUAUCUCAAUUGAAAAGAAUGGAGCUGAAGAAGAACGUAAUGCCAAAGUUAGAGAUGCAAUAACUAAAAAGCUCUUUGACGAUCUUCUAUACAGUACAAGAAAGGAAGAUCGGUGUUCUGGAACUGUUUGGUUAUUAUCAAUUACAAUGUAUUGUGGCCAUGACCCAGCUAUCCAGAAAAUGCUUCCAGACAUUCAGGAGGCUUUUUCACAUCUUCUGGGCGAACAGAAUGAACUUACACAGGAGCUGGCCUCACAAGGGAUGAGCAUUGUGUAUGAACUUGGUGAUGCAGCAAUGAAGGAGAAUUUGGUCCAUGCACUUGUUAACUCUCUGACUGGUUCAGGGAAGAGGAAAAGAGCUAUCAAGCUCGAUGAAGACUCUGAAGUGUUUCAAGAGGGAGUUAUUGGUGAAGGCCUGAGUGGAGGGAAACUGAGCACAUACAAGGAGCUUUGCAAUGUUGCAAAUGAGAUGGGGCAACCAGAUCUAAUUUAUAAGUUUAUGGAUCUGGCUAAUUAUCAAGCCUCUCUAAAUUCCAAGAGGGGUGCUGCCUUUGGAUUUUCAAAGAUAGCUAAGCAAGCAGGAGAUGCUCUAAAGCCACACUUGCGUUCAUUGAUUCCAAGACUAGUUCGGUACCAAUACGAUCCUGACAAAAAUGUGCAGGAUGCUAUGUCACACAUAUGGAAAUCACUAGUAGCAGAUUCAAAGAAAACCAUUGAUGAGAACAUGGACCUCAUUGUUGAUGAUUUGUUAAUACAAUGUGGAUCCCGGCUUUGGCGCUCCCGUGAGUCGUCAUGUCUUGCUCUUGCGGAUAUCAUUCAGGGUCGAAAGUUUGAUCAGGUGGGGAAGCAUUUAAGAAAAUUAUGGUCAGCAGCGUUCCGUGCCAUGGAUGACAUAAAAGAGACUGUUCGAAACUCUGGUGACAAGUUAUGCCGUGCUUUAACUUCAUUGACAGUGAGGCUUUCUGAUGUCUCCCUAACUGAUGUAUCAGAGGCACGCCAUACAAUGGAUAUUGUUCUGCCUUAUCUGCUUACAGAUGGAAUACUAAGUAAAGUUGAUAGUAUUCGCAAAGCAUCUAUCGGAGUUGUUAUGAAGCUUGCAAAGGGUGCAGGGAUUGCAAUUCGCCCACAUUUAUCUGAUUUGGUUUGUUGCAUGCUGGAAAGUUUAUCUAGCCUUGAGGACCAAGGGCUUAACUAUGUGGAGUUGCAUGCAGCAAAUGCUGGAAUACAGACAGAGAAGCUUGAGAACUUAAGAAUUUCAAUUGCAAAAGGUUCUCCUAUGUGGGAAACUCUUGAUCUCUGCAUUAAAGUUGUGGAUGUGGAAUCAUUAGAUCAAUUGGUUCCUCGUCUUGCUCAGUUGGUUCGGUCCGGAGUGGGCCUCAAUACAAGGGUUGGGGUUGCCAGCUUUAUUACAUUACUAGUUCAAAAAGUUGGUGUUGAAAUCAAACCAUAUACGAGCAGGCUACUGAGGCUGUUGUUUCCAGUUGUUAAGGAUGAAAAAAGUGCUGCAUCAAAACGUGCCUUUGCUGGUGCUUGUGCAGCAGUUUUAAAGCAUGCAGCACCUACUCAGGCAGAAAAAUUGAUUGACGAUACUGUAGCUUUGCAUACCGGUGAUAAAAAUUAUCAAGUUUCAUGUGCAAUUUUAUUGAAAAGCUAUUCAUCUGUGGCCUCAGAUGCCUUGAGUGGAUAUCUUGCAGCAAUUAUUCCAGCUAUUUUUAUCUCAAGAUUUGAGGAUGACAAAGUUAUUUCUAGCCUGUUUGAAGAGUUGUGGGAAGAGCAUACAAGUGGUGAAAGGGUAGCCCUUCAGUUGUACUUAGUAGAAAUUGUUUCUUUGAUUUGUGAGGGCAUUGGAUCAUCAUCAUGGGCAAGUAAAAAGAAGUCAGCACAGGCAAUCUCCAAGCUCAGUGAUGUUUUGGGUGAAUCGUUGUCUUCUUACUAUCCUGUCUUGCUCCAAUCUCUUAUGAAAGAGAUUCCUGGUCGGUUAUGGGAGGGAAAGGAUGCUCUAUUAGAUGCAAUAGCUGCUCUUUCUGUGUCUUGCCACAAAGCAAUUUCAAGUGAUGAUCCCUCCACCCUGAAUGAAAUUUUGAGCAUAGUAUCUUCUGCAUGCACCAAAAAAGCAAAGAAAUACCGUGAAGCAGCUCUCACCUGUCUUGAAAAGGUUGUUAGAGCCUUUGGUAACCAAGAGGUCUUUAAUGUGGUUUUUCCAUUAUUACUUGAGAUUUUCAGUUCUGCCAGUCUCGAUCAGUCUGGGAAAGAAUCUUUGGCUGGUGAUGCUGCCAAAGCAGAAGAAGAUCAAGUUGAAAAGGUUUCUGUUCCACACAACAAAAUUUUGGACUGCAUGACAGCCUGCAUCCAUGUGGCACAUAUAAAUGAUAUUCUUGGACAACAGAAGAACUUCUUGCAUGUGUUGAUUACCACGCUGUCAUCUGGACUUCCAUGGACAGUCAAAGUAUCUGCACUUUCAUCAACGAAGGAACUUUGUUCAAUGCUUCAGAAGGCUCUGGAUGACUCUCAAGAACCUUCUAUACAUGCCAGCAUAAUAUCUUCAGUUCAGGAGUUGUUUCUCUCAAUGCCACCUCAAAUAGUUGAAUGCAUACGAACAAUUAACGUUGCCCAGGUUCACGUCGCUGCUUCAGAGACCCUUCUUGUGAUCGUCAAGCUGUAUGAGAAGCUCCAAACGAUACAUUGUAGGGACGAAAAAUUUAUGGGCGAGCUUGUUCAUCUGUAUGAGGUGGAGAAAAAUGGUGAAGCAAAGUCCUUGUUGAAAAAAUGUGUCGACGCUCUUGAAAACCUGAAACAAGAGGAUGUCGAAGAUGACUCGAUGUGUUCGGCAUAAAACUUUUAGGCCAAUAAUUGCCAAUCCAUGGUUGUGAGCAUCUUUUUUUAUAGUGAAAGUGGAUUUGGAGAAAUGCGAGGACGUCCAAUGUGUAUAUUUUAUUAAAACAAAUAUAUUACGUUAAAUUCUGGAGAAUGACCCAAUAUUUCCUUCUAUGUGCCCAAAUUAUGUAGUACUGUUUCUAAGUAAAUUGGGCAGCGUUGAGCA